UCCUCCAGAUAACCAGGUUCCUGUCUGUCUCUGUCAUAGCAUAUAAAAUCAUGGGGGACUUGUUGACUAUCAGACUCCAAGAGAGGUGCGCAGGAAGAGAAGACUGCAACCAUGACUUUACUCAGACUGUGUGGACUCCUCCUUGUAUGCUCAAGACUAAUAGAUGCUAAAUUAGACAUCAUCGCUAGUGAACCUGAUGUGCAGGUGGGAAGCCAAGUUCUGCUCUUGUGCAAAGUCGAUUCAGAGGGAGACAUCAUUUGGUUGAAGGAUGAUGAAGAGGUUGAUGAAGAUCGCCAUGAAGUCAAGAAAACUGAUGAGUCUUCGAGUGCACUGACCUUGAAGAACAUUGAGUUAAGUGACAGUGGAAUCUAUACCUGUCAGUUUGAAAAUGAACACGGCACAAAGAAGACAACCUACCAGCUUUAUGUCUACCAAGCACCAGACUUUGGCAACACACGGACGUACCAUGAAUUUCUGGUGAACCAGACUGUGACCAUUCCCUGCAUGGUCUCUGGCAAACCCGAUGUGGAGGUCUACUGGUUACGGAACGAUCGCAUCGUGAAUGAUGACGGUAGGGGGGGUGGCCAUGCUGCAGGUUCUUCCAAUCUUUUAUGUGGCCGAGGUAGUCUCAGAAUCCUCCCAGAUAGAUCCCUGCAGAUUGUGGGAAUUCAGCAGGAAGACCGUGGAACCUACACCUGUGAAGGCAAGAUCAAGGGACGCCCCGUAACCAGGCAUCUCCCGAUCUCUGUUGUUGUUAAUGAGCCACCGACCAUACUGAUUCAUGAGGAGAGAAAGAGUGUUCAUGCCGGACCCAAUACCAGUGUGUCUAUAGUCUGCCUGGUCAAAGGAGCACCCACUCCAAAUAUAACAUGGAUGCUCCCUUCCACCUCUGACGACUCCCGUAUCAAAUUCAACACCGAUAAGAGUGAGCUCACCAUCUCUUCAGUGACCAGGAGUGAUUAUGGAGAGUAUGUCUGCACGGCUACCAAUAAGAUCGGAGAAAACUCUGCCACGUUUAUUCUGGAUGUCUCAGAGCGUCCAAUUAUAGACUUGGAUCCAAGCAAGCUGACCGUUAUUCCAGGAGAAUCUGGAUCGGUGCUCUGCAAUGCCACAGGACAUCCAACUCCAACCAUACAGUGGGUCAGGAAGGCUACCCAAGAAAAAAUGACGAGUGUGGAGGGAUCUGAGCUCAUUCUUGAAAAUGUAAUGCCCUCUGAUGGUGGCUUGUACUCCUGCAUAGCCAGCAACCCGGUGGGCACAACCAUUGAGGACUUCCAGCUGAUAACCUGGCCUGGGGCACCCGCUCAGUUCAGUGUGGCCGCAGGGUCCUCAUCUUCUGUCCUCAUCCAGACUGUCUCAGUGCAGGACGGAGGGUCCUCUAUUACCCAGUACAUCCUUCAGUGGAAGAAACCGUCCGAUGAAACCUGGAGUCAAAGUGUCGUCAAGCCCACAAAUCCCCUGGUGAUCACGGGCCUUGAGCCGUACACAGAGUACUCAGUUCGUUUUGCUGCCAAAAACUCACAUUACCAGGGGAACUUCUCCACUGAACGCAGGAUCUUCACACAGUCCGAACGUGAACCCGACAGCCCCGUUCUUUCUCUGAGUGAGAAAAAGUUGGAGAAGAACUCAGUCUCCAUCCCCAUUAAACAGCUGAAAGACGGAGGCUCUCCCAUCCAACACUACAUUGUGCGCUAUAAAGGGAACCAGGAGAAUGACGAAUGGGCUGAAAAUAAAUUUCCUGGAAACUCCAGCAGAAUCCAGCUGAAUGGUCUCCAGUACAAUGCUGAAUAUCAAAUGGAAGUUUAUGCAGUAAACCGCAACGGCUCCUCCAGCCCUGCCAAAAUCAACUUCACCGUCCCACAACCUGUCAGUCAGCCGAUGCUUGGGAAAGGAGGUGUGGUGGGCAUUGUAAUGUUCAUCUUCUUGGUGCUGAUGGUAGCAGUGGAUGCUUUCUGCUGCUACACCAACCACUGCGGCCUGCUUAAUUUCCUUGCUCGUAAACUAUUUGGACACAAACUGUCAGAUUCUAAAGGGAUGGAUGAAGAGGCGAAUAAUUCAAAUGGAGACAUGAAGCUGGGUGGGCUAACGCUUCCCAGAGGCAGCAUCCCAAAACUUCAGACACCUAGUGGGGCAGUGAAUGGCGUUCAUUCAGAAGUCACGUGUGACAAAGCGCCUCUCACCAAAUUCGAGAAGAAACCAGAAUCUACUGAUCCAACAGGAGAGCCGUAGAGGAAGAGAUUACACAGGACACAAUUUGAAUUCAUUGAGUGAAGAAAUUUCACACAAAUCUCGGGACAUCCGAUUGUGAGCUUAAGGGUGACGUUGUUUUGUUGUUGUAGUUGUUGUUGUUGUUAAAAUACUAUACGAAAUCCAUUUGUAGCCCAUGAAGGUUUAAACACUAUAGCUCUGUGGUGCUAUGAAAACAUUGCUGUGUUUGUUUGAGCAUCUCGACGGGCCCAACACAGCAAGACUGGCUCAACCAAUAGCGUGAGAUUUGGGGCGGGACUAUCUGUUUGUCCGACCAAUGACAGAUGGGUGAAUGUUUGAGAAACCUGUUUAAAAAGCACAGAAAUUACACAUUUGACCUUUAAGUGAUGCAGUCUGGAGCAAAUAUACAAACAUCAUGAAGACGACUGCUAUUCGCAGGAUCACAGUCCCGUGUGAUUUAGAUUAGGCUUGUUAUUAAAUUGUGAUUGAACUACAUGUAAAUGUAGGAUGUUGAAGAGGAUGUUGAAGUGUGAUCUAGCACUGUAGAUACUGUACAUGACAAAUGCUGAAUGUAUGUUCAGUAGUGAGCAGAUAAAUGCAGAAUGCAGCUCAGUAGAAUAUAAUGUUGACAUUUUAAAGUAUAAAAUUAAUGUCAUAAUGGGAGCAUAAUAUUUCACCAGCGCAUUACUAGUGUUAAUUUAUUGCGCAUUUAACAUAUGCUUGUAGCUUGUAUAAAAUCUUGAUUAAAGGUGUUUGACAUGAGAGUGAGUAAAUGAUGACCGGUUUUAAUUUUUAUGUGAAUGAUAACUUUUGUAAAGAAAAAAAAGAGCCAUUUUUAAUAUAGAUAUAGCUUUGCAUUUUAUUUGUUUUAACAGUGCUAUCUUUUCAAAAUCAUAUAUUGUUAGAUCAAAUACACUAUGUAUGUUUUGGGGGUUUUUUUGGUCAAGUGACAAAUGUGGAUGUAAAUACAGAUGCAUGCAAAAAUAUGUACAUAUAGAUUUAAUAAUAAUUUUUUACUUUCACUGUACAUUGUAUAUAUUAUUUCUUUAAUGCUUUUAUACUCAUUCUAAUGUUUAAACCUAUGGUAAUUUUGUACUCAAUGUAAAUUUAUUCACUAUAGGCAUUUGAUUCUUUUGAAUAAAAAGAGAAAUAUCUACAACA